GACGCCCCGCUGAGCCCACCAGCGCACCCUCGGCUUCCCCAUGGCUCUCCUGCGCCCUCUGCUGGCCGCCCUGGUGCUGCUCACCUGCCGCCCUGGGGGCGCCCGGGGCUGUGCCCUGCCUCGGAACCAGGCGCAGCUGAGCAGGGACAACUUGGCGCUCCUGGGCCAGAUGCGGAGACUGUCCCCUUUCUUCUGCCUGCGGGACAGAAGGGACUUCGGGUUCCCCCGGGACCUGCUGGAGGGCGGCCGGCUGCAGCAGGCGCAGGCCGCCGCCGUCCUCCAGCAGCUGCUGCAGCAGAUCUUCAACCUGCUGCUGGCGGAGCGCGCCCCGGCCCCCUGGAGCCCCGCCCUGCUGGCCCGACUGGGCGCGGGCCUCCACCUGCAGCUGGAAGGCCUGGCCGCCUGUGCGGGGCGGACCCAGGGGGCCGGAGCCGGCGGCCCGGGGGCGGACGGCGCGGUCCUGGCCAUCAAGAGGUACUUCCAGGACAUCCGUCUCUACCUGCAAGAGAAGGGACACAGCGACUGCGCCUGGGAAAUUGUCAGACUGGAAAUCAUGAGAUCCUUGUCCUCCAUGGCGACCUUGCAAGAUAGGAUAGGAAUUAAGGAUGGAGACCUGGGGUCACCUUGAGCUGAUUCUCACUGAGGGACCUGCCACAUCACCCCUGCGCUUAUGUCUGCUCACUUCAAGAGACCCUCAUUCUAGCUUUAUUACAGAAUUUUUUUAACUUUAGUACCACAAUUAUUU